GUAACAGAAGAUUCAUUCAGGAACAGAGGGGGUUGGAUUUGGACUUUGGGACUCAUCGGGAUCGAGUCUCUCAAGGAACAUUAGGUUUCUUCGUUGGUACUAGAUGGAAUUAGGGUGAAAACUCAUUGGUGAAGCAAGAAAGGAAUGACGGCAAUGGGAGAUCUUCCAGAGGAUUUGGUAGAGGAGAUACUCUCAAAGGUUCCGAUGACAUCUCUGAGGGCAAUACGAUCUACUUGCAAAAAGUGGAACUUUUUAUCGAAAAAUCGGAUCUUUGGAUAUAAUAAAGCAACAGCAGCAAGGAAGCAGUAUAUGGGGUUUAUGAUGAUGGAUGCAAGGGUUUGCUCAAUGGAAUUCGAUCUUCAAGGGAUCCGAAAAGACGACAACUUGGUGAUUGAUCCAUCUAUUAUUAUUAAACAAGUAAGUGGUAGACUCGAUCAAAUCGAGGUAUCCCAAGUCUUUCACUGCGACGGUUCAAUUCUAUGCGUCGUUAAAGACAACACAGGGCUGUUUGUCUGGAACCCUUAUUUAGGGCAAACUAGGUGGAUUCAACCCAGAGAAAGUUACAACAGACUAGACAGGUAUGCUCUGGGAUAUGACAAGAACCGUAACCACAAAAUCUUGAGGAUUUUCGAUUUGUAUCCAAGCAGAAACCGCGUUUUUUGGUACGAACUCUACGACUUUAGCUCAAAUUCAUGGAGGAUUCUUGAUGUCAAACUCGAGUGGGAUAUACAGUCUCAUCAACGCUGCGUGUCUUUCAAAGGGAACACUUAUUUUCAAGCACAAAAGAAAAAAGUAGGGGGAGGAGUAAAGACAACAAAUAUAGAAGAUGUUCUACUCUGUUUUGAUUUUACAAACGAGAGGUUUGGACCGCCUCUGUCUCUGCCGUUUAACUCUUACAACGAUUGA